AUGUCAGAACCCACAAAACCGCGUGGCCGCGAGCCAACGGCGAUUGAAGGCCCAGCUGUCCCUCAAGAUGAGGGUCCCGACGCGAACUACAAAGCCAAAGCUGAGGUUCUCAACCACGCAAUCCAGACGAUCGGCAUGGGCCGAUACCAAUGGCAGCUCUUCGUGGUGAUCGGAUUCGGCUGGGCGAGCGACAACUUGUGGCCGAUCGUUACCUCUCUGAUUCUCCCUGCAGUCUCAAAUGAGUUCCAUCCCUCGAAAGCGCCGUUGUUGACACUCGCGCAAAACAUCGGGUUACUGGUCGGUGCUGUGUUCUGGGGAUUUGGAUGCGAUAUCUUCGGUCGCAGAUGGGCGUUCAACUUGACGAUUGGAAUCACGGCGGUAUUUGGCAUGGUCGCAGCGGGGUCGCCCAAUUUUGCGGCCAUUUGUACCUUUGCGGCUUUGUGGUCUGUCGGCGUCGGUGGGAAUCUCCCGGUUGACUCCGCUAUCUUCCUCGAGUUCUUACCUGGAUCGCAUCAGUACCUGUUGACUAUCUUGUCGAUUGACUGGGCUUUCGCGCAAGUGGUCGCCAAUUUGAUUGGCUGGCCGCUGCUUGGGUAUAGGACUUGUGGUUCGGCAGAAGGGUGUACGAAAGCUGACAACAUGGGAUGGCGAUGGUUCAUGAUUGUGAUGGGUGGCAUUGCGAUAAUCAUGUUCGUCGGUCGGUUUGUGUUCUUCACGAUUUUCGAGUCUCCCAAGUACCUCAUGGGAAAGGGGAGGAAUGAGCAGGCCGUGGAUGUUGUGCACGAAGUUGCGAGGAGGAAUGGGAAAACCUCAGAUUUGACGAAAACUGAGCUCGACGCGUUCGACCAUGGUGAGAUACAGCAUUUUAGCGCGGCAAACAUCCUCCGCCAACGCCUAGAAACUGUGCGGUUUGAUCAUGUCCGCGCUCUCUUCGACACACGCAAGCGAGCAUGGGCUACAACCUUGAUCAUCCUUGUCUGGGCAUUCAUUGGUCUCGGGUUCCCACUAUACAAUGCGUUCCUCCCAUACAUCCAGCAAUCCCGAGGUGCGGAAUUCGGUGAUGGGUCGACAUACAUCACAUAUCGCAACUCGUUGAUUAUUGCCGUUAUGGGAAUUCCAGGCUGCCUGCUUGGUGGAGUGCUGGUCGAACUACCUGGCUUCGGGCGGAAGGGUGCACUUAGCAGUUCGACUGCUAUAACUGGGGCCUUCCUUCUUGCGUCAACAACAGCUACUACAUCAAAUGCCCUGCUGGGCUGGAACUGCGCCUUUAAUUUCAUGAGCAGUCUCAUGUACGCCGUGUUGUACGCCUACACCCCCGAGAUAUUCCUCACCAAGGACCGCGGUACCGGCAACGCAUUAACCGCGUCUGCAAAUCGAAUUUUUGGUAUCAUGGCUCCUAUAAUUGCCAUGUUCGCUGAUCUCACAACCGCCGCUCCCGUUUAUGUUAGCGGGGCGCUGUUUAUCGCAGCAGGCAUGCUUGUUCUGUUGAUGCCAUAUGAGUCCCGCGGAAAGGCGAGUCUUUGA